AUGGAGCCAGGCGGAGGAGGGAGGGGGCGAGGGGGAAAGGGGGCACGGAGGGGGAAAAGCGGGGGAGGUGCAAGAGGGAGGAGAGGAAGUGCGAGGGGGGAGGCGGUCGGCGGGGUGGCGGAGGGGAUUGCAGAGGCUUGGUGGGCGAUUGGGAGAGGCGCGGAGGGCGGCUACGUGGGAGCAGGAGGACUCGCGGCGGGGGGGACGGGAUGGGGCGUGGAGGGGGCCGCGGAGGUUGCCGCAAACGUGCGCGGAGCGGCAGUGGCAGCGUGGGAGGGCGGAGGGACGGGCGGAGGAGUGGGAGCGGUGGGCGGAGGAGGGGACGCAGCGAAUGCAGCGGAGGGAUGGACAGGGGGAGGCGCGGUGGGGCGCGUAUCCCGCCGCAGAGGAGGCAGGGGGAGGGGCUCGGAUGGCGGCGCAGGGGGGAGUAGGGCGCGCUCAAUCGAGGGCGCGGGCGCGGGAAGGGGGAGAAUGGGGGUCGGAACGGGGCAAGCGGAAGGCAGUCGCGGGCGGGGGAUGGUGGCACGCGGUGGGAGGGGCGGAGGUGUGGCGCGCAGGCAGGAAUGGAUGGGGGCAGGCGCGCAUGCGCGUGGGGAUGCGCGGAUGAGAGGAGGGAACGCUGGCAGGGGGUGGGACGCGGGUGGGGGAAUGGGGUACCUCGAUGGGCGGGUGAGUGGUGGAGAGGCGUUGGGAGCGGUGGGGGACCAGCAGAGGCGUAGGGAGGAGUACGAAGGUGCAGCGAGGGGAAGGAGAGUGGAGAUGGCGUGGGGGUUGGAGGGCGACAAGGAAGGGGAUCGGUGUGAUCGGAGGGGCGAGGGGGCACACGCAAGGCAGCAGAUGGUGGGCUCAGCAGAUGGGAGAAUGCACCGCCUGCCGCAGCAGCAGCGUGAGUAUGAGCAGCAACGGCAGCAGGGGGGAGGGGGCGGCGAGAGGCAAUUUGGUGUUGCGGCGGGCGGGUGGGAGGAGGGUGGGCGGGCGGAGUGGCAGCUUGGCGGUGGAGUGGGUGGCAGUGGGGAGGAGCUUGGGCGCAACGACGUGGGUGUGGGUGCGGACGGUGGGGGGUGUGGGGCAUGGGGGGAGUGGUAUGAGGGGGAGGAGGGUGGAGGAGCGGCAGAGGAGGAAUUUGAAGGAGAGGGAGGGGAGGAGUGGGGGGGAGAGGCAGGGGAGGAGUUGGCAGGAGAGGCAGGGGAGGGGGAGGAGGACUAUGAGCUGGGCUAUGCUGCUGGCCUCGCAGCUGCACGUGAGGCCCUCAGACAAGCCUCUGCCUCCACUACCGCCGCCGCUGCUGGAGGAGCAGUAGUUGGUGCUGGCGGGGCGGCUGUUGUUGGCGCUGCUUCCACGGGUUCCGUUGACGAUGGGACAGCAAGCGGUGCUGCGGAGGCAGGCAUGGAUCUCAUGCUGCCUCACCACCCGCCUGCUGCAGCACCACGGAGCGCAGUGGCUGCUCCUCACACAACGGAUGGACCUCAUGUGCCCGCGGCAGCAGCAGCAGCAGUAGCAGGCGACAGUGCAGGCGAGCAGGAAGAGGCAGGCGGCGGCGGCGGCUGCGGCAGCAGGCGAUGCGGCGGGGGAGACGGGGGAGAGAGCAGGAGCGGGCGGCGCAAGCCCGUGGACGUGAGUGUGAAGCGCGAAAUCUGUGAGCUGCGGCGCCUGCGACCCGGCAUCACCGUACCGGGCAUCAUGCACGUGUGCCGCGCCAAGUACCCACACAUUCGCCUCAUCCCCUCCCACGUGCGCGGCAUCCUCGACAACGCGCCCCGCUGGAGCUCCGCGCUGGCGCAGCGCAGCAGCAAAAGCGUGCGCGCGCCUGAGAGCAUGGCGCUGGAGGAGGCGCUGGUGGCGUGGGUGAGGGACAUGAAGGGCGGCCCCGGCGCCACCAAGGUGCAGCUGCAGGCCAUCUGCGCCAAGGGCCGCCAGCUGGGCCCGUCCUUUGGGGUCUCGCCCUCCUUCAGGUACAGCAUCGGGUGGGCGUGGCGCUUCCAGGUGCGGUGGGGGUUCACAAAGCGGGACCUGGAGGAGGAGAGGGAGGCGUACUUCAAUGACGACCCCGCUGCCGCCGCCGCCGCUGCUGCUGCUGCUGCUGCUGCUGCUGCAGCGGGCAGUGCGGAGCCGUCGCUGGUGCAGCUGGCAGAUGAGAUCUUUGGCGCUCAGAUCCUGGUGGCGCGCACUCAUGGUGACGAUGCGGUGGAUGGGGAGGGGCAGGGGGGGGAGGAGGAUCAUGAGGAUGGGGGUGAGGAGGAUGGAACGGGUGAGGGUGGAAGGGGACGAAGGGGAGGGAGGGGAGGGAGGGAAAGGAGGGGAGGGAGGGAAGGGCGGGGAGUAGUGGGAAGGGCGGGUGGAAGGGAGGGAGGGAGGGGUGCGUGUAGGGGGAGGAUGAGGGUGGUGAGGCGGGACACGUCACUGACGGCCGGCAGAGAAGUAAUCGACCUGGAAGGGGGUGAGAGUGGGGAGAGAGAGGAGAGGGGCGAAGGUGGGGAGAGGGGUGAGAGGGGCGAAGGGGCAGAAAGGGACGAGGGGGGCGAGGGGCAGCUGGGGCGGCGGAGGGGCCAGGGCGGUUCAGGGGAGCGGGCGCAGCAGGGCAGGGAGCAGGCAGGUGGGGGGGCAGGCGAGGAGGGCAAUGGGGGCCGGGCGUCACAGGCAGAGGCAGCAGAGGCAGGUGGAUGGCCGGGCGGAGCAGAUUUGCUGGCCGGCACAGCAAGAGGCGCAGCAAGGGAGCGGGCGAGGAUGAAGGCAGCAGGCAAGGCGGCACGCGCGGUGCAUCCCAGCCGAGAGCUGCUGGCGCUGGCACUGGCAGAGGCUGGCGUGGAAGGGGAGAAGGCGGGUGGCGGCAUGCAGGGAGCAGGUGGGUGUGACUCGGAUGCUGCAGCAGCCACAGUGGCAGACGAGGGAGUCAGAAGGGCGGCGCCGCCAGCAGGGGCAGCAGUGAGGGGUGCAGCAGCAGCAGCAGCAGCAGCAAGAGUGGGAGGGGCGCUGGUUGAUGUGGAGGCGGCAGUGGCAGCAGCAGGGGACCUCCGCCUGGACCCCCCCAGCGAUCACGCCAGUGGUGGCGACGCCCAUGGUGCUGAUGCUGGUAGGCGGCACGUGGAGAGGCAGCGUGCUGCAGCGAGGGAGAAGCGGGCGCCUGGUGGGAAGCGCAAGCACCGGGCGGCAAUCAGUCUGCGGCUGAAGCGAGUGAUCUGCAUGCUGAGGGCCGCCCGCCCCGACAUGGCGGCCAAAGACAUUCUCGGCCUUGUGCACCGCGCCUUCGCUGCCACCGCUCGCCAUCCUCAAGCAACCCCCACCACCACCUCCAUCACCACCUGUGCCACCGCCGCUGCUGCUGGCAGGGCAGCGAGCUUGGCAGGGGGUGGCGUGGAGGCGGCGGGAGCGGUGGCGCUGGAUGUGGCGGCGGUGCGGCGCAUUCUGAGGAAGAGCCACUUUUACCUCGCCCUGCCUGCCCACGGCGCCACCCUCAUCCGCCACAGCAGCGGCGGGCACCCCCAGGUGCAGGCGGCUGUGGCGGCGUGGGUGCGGGUCAUGGAUGCACGGUACGGGCGAGAGGCCCUGCGGUGGGAUGAUGUUUUGGAGUAUGCGAGACAGGUGGGGCCGCACAUGGGCGUGGGAGAGGGCUUCCGGUAUAGCCGCCACUGGGCUCGCAAGGCCCUGCUGCGGCACGGGCUGGGGAGCAGCUGGGGCAAGCAGGUGGAGUGUGGGAGUGGGAAGAAGAAAGGUGAGGAUAGAGGAGAUGGGGGAGAGAUGUUGAUUGAUGGUAGCACCACUGAUGGUAACACGACUGAUGGAAACACCACGGAAGGGCAGAGCAGUGAUGGUGGAGGGACAGACGAGGAGAGGGAAGAGGGGCGCCAUUCACUGCACUCUGACCGCCCUGCUGCCACUGCUGCUGCUGCUGCCUCUGCCUCUGCCACUGCUGCUACUACUCCUGCUGCUGCUGCUGCUGCCGGGUGUGCUGGGCGGGCAGCGGGGGGAGAGCAGCAGCAGGAGGGCCCGGUGGAACGCCUGCAGCGCCUGGCGGAGCAGUGGGCUGCUGAGCCACGCACGCCAGGGCAGGCGCAGGGGCGCACAGGGGAGGGGGCGGACGGCAGGAAGCGGCAGUGGCGCCACACGGUUGUGCCGCCCGCUGUGAAGCUCGCCAUGUGCGCCCUCGCCCGUGCCCUCCCCUCCCUCCCCUCCAAGGCCAUCGCCCGCGUUGUUGGCGCCAGGUACGGCGUGCGACUAACAAACGUGUGGCUGCCAGCGGUGCUGCUGAGGGAGGACGACUGGAGGCAGCUGGUGCAGCUCUCCCACGCUGGCAGGCCGGGCGCCGUCAGACUACGCCCUGCUGAGACCCGCCUCGAGGAGGCUCUUGCGCUCGCAGUGAGGAAGGCUAUAGCGAGGAUGGAGGACAGGCGAGCUGCAGGGGACGGUGGGGGGGGCGAGGUGGGGAGCAGAGGGGGGCCGGGGGCGGAGCAGCAGCAGGUGUGUGUGAGGGCGGUGCAGGAGUAUGCGAGGCGGCUGGCACCGCUGGUGGGGGUGGGUCGGAGAUUCACAUGCAGCCUGGCAUGGGUGCAGCAGUUCAUGCAGCGCUGGGGGUUCCACCCCCCUGUUGGCGCGGGAAGAGCAGGUGGUGGGGCGAGAGGGCGAGGGGGCGGGCUGGGUAGAGGGGAGGAAGUUCGGGCGGAGGACGAAUUUGAAGAAAGGGGGGGAGAGGAGGGGGAGGAGAGUGAGGGGCAGGGAGGAGUGAGGGCGAGGAUAAGGGGGAUACUGGACGAGCGGUGUGAGGUGAAGGAGGAGGAGGUGGCAGCGCUGGUGGCGCUGGCAGAGGAGCAACGGGAGAGGCGCGCUCAGAUCAAGGCGAGUGGACGCCGGCUGACUGACGUGCGCGAGGAGGAGUGGAUACAAGGGGGGCAGCAGGAUGGUGGUGUGAGCACGCUGCUGGCAUCGCUGGCCGGCGUGCGGGUGGCAUCUGCCGCCCAGGCCGCCCCACAGCUGCAGUCUGCAUGGGCUGCCCUUGCCGCAGCCACCCCCUUCCCCGGGAAGCUCACAGCCCACCGGGUAGCAGCGGUGGGGCGCGCAUGGCGGAGGCUUGAGAGGACCCGCGUGGUGGUGUGGGAGAUGGGUGAGGGGAGUGAGAGCAGUGAGAGCAUGAGCGUAGAGGAAAGUGGAGUGAGGAGCAGUGAGGAGUGGGAGUCGAAGGAGGGCAUAGUUGGCAUGGUGGCAGGGAGGAGCGCAGGAGGGGGCAUGCCUGGUGGGCGAGGCCGGAAGAGAAGGAGGAGCGGGGAUGUGCAGGACGGUGUGGUGGUGCAUGCCUGUGAUGCCAUCCCCGCUCCUUCUCAUCACGGGGAUGUGCAGGACGGGGUGGUGGCAUCAUGGGCCAGGGCAGCAGCAGCGGGGAGUGGGGCGGCCAUGGCAGCCAGGGGAGCAGCAGGCGGAGGGCAGUUGGCAGCAGGCGGGCAGGUGUCAGCGGGCGUGGCAGCACCGCUGCUGGCCCCUGAGCUUAUAGUGGCAGCAGCCCUCCGAGGUGCUCUCACUCCCCACCCCAUGCCUGCCCCUUUUGCUGCUCACGCCCCGUGCUUCCCUUUUCCCCACGCUGUGCUACCUGCCACCACCGCACUCCACUCCCUUGCACAGCUGCUUGCAUCUGCUGGCCUGCUAUCCGCCCUUCUCCCUGUCACCCGGCUGUACGGAUUUGGCUGGGGGCAGCAGCUACUCACUGCCGCCCCCCCUUCCUCCCACGUACCUCCUUCUCUCCCAACGCUGCCUUCCCCCCGGUCUCUCACUGCGUCCAUUGCAUAA